AUGGUUCCUCGCAAGCAAAGCCCCAAAGGCUCGCGCAAGCUUAUUCGCUGGUCCCUCGACAUCGAUACGCAGCUCCUGCUCGCAAUCCAUUACGCUUGCAACCAGAUGGGCAUGAAGCUUCCAUGGGUAGAAAUCGCCGCGAUCAUGGGUGCAAUGGGAGAGGACCUUUUCACCGAGGGUUCGAUCACUCAGCACCUUGCAAAGCUCUAUAAGAUUCGCGAGUCCAAGGGGCUGCCAGUGCCACCCCCCAUUCGUCGUUCGCGAAAGCGGAGCGGCCAGCCCAAGAUCCAUGAUGCGAACCAGAUUAUACCAGGUAAUGAUUAUGACAGCGCCGACAGUGAAAUGAACGACUCGGAUCAUGCCCACAAGAAGCGCAAGGUCGCACUCAAGGAACGAAAGGUUGUUAAGCGCACUAAGCGCCCCAAUCGUCAUGGUAAUCAACGUCAAUUACAAGGUCGUCGUGCCUCAAAGUACAACGUCGAUGAGAACGCAGAUGGCACCGCUGAUGAAGUCACGUCGGAAGACGAUUCGCGUUUUGAUGGAUCUGAGGACGAGUCGGUGUAUGAAGAGGAGGUUUCGAAUGAAGAGCCCGAGGCUGAAGAGUCCAAGCCCAAGCCUAGCAAGAUCAUUGUCCUCCGUUACCGUUCUGCAUAUGCUGCCAAGACUAGCUGCUCCACUUCCUUCGAUCAGGGAACCUCUGUCGCUGACGCUGGAUACCGUUCCGUGGACCCUGAAUACUGCAGCGUUGAUGCUCGAAACCUUCCUUUGAAUGUUCGCAACGAAGUCUCAAAUGAACCGCAUCCUUUCAUCGAUGGCCUCAAUCCUUUUGCCAAUGGUAACAAUUCGUGGUCUGCUGAUGAAGUUGGAGGCAAUCCUAAUGUCGCCGAGAGUCAAGGCUUUAUCGCCUUCUUUGAACGUCCCAUUUCCGCUCCUACUCCCGUUAUUUUCGCCCCCGAAGCCAGCACCGUAGCUGGUAUGUGGGUGCCCGAUAACGUGGACCCACGGCUGUUUCAGCCCGAAUAUAACGGCUUCUCACCAGCCAGGGGAGAUCUUACCAUUUCCCCGGGUGAUUUGGUGCUGAAGUCGGACAUUCCUGAAGGGGGCACGGUGGAGAACGGUGCAAAUGAACAGCACCGCAGUAGUCUCCCCGAUUUGCCUGAAUCCAACGUUCUUGAAUCCAACAUCUUCGAUGAGGCACUCUAUAGAUAUGAAAUUCAGUACCCCGAUCCUCCCGAGUGGAUCUGGCCCUGUGAGAAACGUUAG